AUGUAUGUUCCGUUUUGGGGCCCAAAGUCAAAUAUGGAAAAAGGAAUUCGUGGCGCAUGCCUCAGGAGCCUCUGCGUUUACUGCCCCACUCUUUCGGAGGGGAAGGAGGAGCGUGCGAUGGACAACAUUCUCUUUUAUUACCCCCCACAUGUUGCCGCGAAUGCACAGAUGAACCAGGUUGGCUUUUGUAUUGGCGCGGCGUGUCUGGUGGAGCGAUUUGGGGCAACGCGGCCUCCCGACAGGAUUCAAACAAGCCAUGGUACCACGACGCUGUGCAAUCCGUUUCCUAAUUUAUGGAUUGCUGUUGAAACAACGGCAGUAUAUGAGAGCUUUGCUGUGCUGCCUGUGAUUCGGCGUGGAUUUGAGGUCUUUGUCUUUCGACAUGGCUGGAAAACAAUUUCAGCGCUUGUAUCCCCCGAUGUUGGAUCAGCGGAGGUCCUUGAAGCGCGCAAAGCACUGGAAAACUUUUACGGGAAUUUUACCGUAUUUCUGGAAACGCGCAUUUUAGUUGUUGACAUUCAUGAAAGCAUCCGUACGGCGAGGAGCAUGACGCCUUCAUCCCUCUCCGCAUUUGGAACAACAGGAACAGCCGUGGGAAGUGAAAGGGUGAGCACAGAGCGAUGGAAGAGGCGCUGGGCAGUACUGGCAUUCACAGAGAGUCUUCUUGCUUUUUCCGUUUUUAUGCGUUCGACACCGCGUGCGGUACAGUCUACGUGUCAUGGUCUGGCUUAUCGCUACUUAUCAUUUCUUUCGGCAGGAAGAGUUCGGAAUAGUCUUCAAGGCAGUAGGUGCAGCAACAACAAUAGUAAAAACAAGAAUCAUGUCAUUGACCGCUUUUAUAAUCAAUCAUCUCGCACGGUUGGCUGGGGAGAAGAGUACAAGGGCAUAGCUUCCACCACCGUCAGUGCUGCUACACUGACAAAAAAUGCCGAAGAAAGUCUAUUGUGGACUUGUUGCCAGUACAUUGUGUUUGUAAGUGAGACAUUGAAGGUGGUUGUCUUUAACGCCGCACCGGUCGUUGUGUCGAGGCUUUUAUGCCUUUUAUUAAUGGAGCCUGGUCUGACGGAUUUUGACAUCUUUACGGAAAGUGGUCACUCGCGUUGCUGCAUCUCUCAUGCGUCAGGCAUUACUGUUGUUUUUUUGAUCAAUGCCGAUGUUUACAGAUCUAUGCAUCAGACCAUUUUGGAGGUUUGCAAGGCGCUUGCAGUUGAUAUUGCAGAAUACUUGACGAGUGGUACGUGUACCCUGACCCGUGGGGGCCUUGUUGACCAAAGUGAGAUGCAGCAAUUGGCGCUGACGCCUCUCAAUCCCUCACAUCGUACCGCUGCUGAAUUUUUUUCUACGGUGUCACAUCUACCGAAAUUGCGUGAGAUGAAUUUGACAUUUCAGUGGACCGUAUGGCACAAUGGCUUGAUCAUCGGAUCACAAAUGCAUGAGUACCCCCGUGGUGUGCGCACAUUGCUCUCAGGCAUGUUACGUGCGCUCACGAGAGAACUAUCCAGAAAGACGGGGGGCGUGAAAGGAAUUUGUGAUGUGGAUUCUGCUAAUAAUCAUCACGUUUGCUCUUGCGGGAUUUUCGAGGAGGGCGAUGUUCUCUCCUCAUGCAUGCAGUUGCCGUCUGCAGCGAAGGAGUUGUGGAUGCCGCUGUCCGACGCAUCUUGGCUUUGCGUUUCGCGAAGGUAUCAUCACGUCGGUGGGGUAGUGUUUUACAAUCCUGCUCCAUUGAAGAGUUGCUUUGAAGCCACAUCCGAGUUGUUUCCGUGCAUGUCGUUUCUGCUGUAG